AUGGCUUCGAGUAUAUCGAUGUUGGCGCAGAGACCAACGAGAAUCGUCGGUGGAAAAGACGCAGAGAAGGGGCUACAUCCUUGGCAAGUUUCGGUGCAUUGGGGCGAUCGAGAAAGAAUGAUUCCAUCGAGGCAUAUUUGCGGUGGAAGUUUGCUGUCAGCCGGAUGGAUAUUGACAGCUGGCCACUGCGACACUUUGGCGCCACCGAUUGGAGAAUUUCAAAUUUUCGCUGGCAAGUACAAACUGGGAACUCUCGAAGCAACGGAACAGAGUAGAUUUGUGGACAAGGUGUUCGUUCAUCCCCGAUACGACGGGUCCAUAGGCCCAUAUGACAUCGCGUUGAUGCAAGUGGAACGACCGUUCCAGUUGAAUCCUUUCGUUUCCACGGUUUCCUUGCCAUAUCCGAAUUCUGUGCCUACUGGAGAAGCGAUGCUAACUGGCUGGGGCAGCAUCGGAAGAACCCUUGCCCAUGAAACACCGGAGUAUCUUCAGGCCGCCAUACUGCCGAUUAUCGACUACGACCUGUGCGAGAAAGCAAUAGCCAAGUCGUUAAAACCAAAGCAAAGGAACCCUCUGCAUUCGACGAACAUCUGCACCGGUCCUCUGGAUGGCAGUUUAUCCGCCUGCAAAGGUGACUCGGGAGGACCUUUGGUCACGAGGAACGCUUUCGGCGAUGCAGAGGUAGUUGGAAUUGUUUCAUGGGGAUUGUUUCCCUGCGGAGCAAAGAACGCGCCCUCCGUCUAUACCAAAGUCUCCGCUUUCGUUACUUGGAUCACCGUGAUCAUGUUAAAUUACUCUUAA